AUGGUUGAGAGCGGGCCCAGCGCAUUGCCCUUCCAGACGUUUGAUCGGCUUCUUUUCCUCGCCCAGGGCGGCCGCACAGUAUACUUUGGUGAUAUUGGGCCACAGUCCACGAUUCUGUGUGAAUACUUCGUACGCUGUGGUGCCCGGCCGUGUGGUGAUGGUGAGAACCCCGCUGAGUACAUCCUCUCCAUGGUCUCUGGUGACAGUGCAGAGGGCAUUGAUUUUGUCGAGUGCUGGAACAACAGCCCCGAGCACACAGAGGUGCUGGCCGAGCUAGGCCGUCUGUACCGGCUCGCUGACAGGCCCGACGACGGUGAAAACUUGGCGCAGAAGAACUUAGAGGGCGAGUUUGCACAGCCGUUCUGUGUUCAAUUCCGGCACGUUAUCGUGCGUGCCUUCCAGCAGUACUACCGCCAGCCCGACUAUAUUACUCCAAGUUCCUGCUGGGUGUUUGUUGUGACGAGUCUUUUCAUUGGUUUCUCCUUUUGGAAAACCAACUUCUCCAUGUAG